UCUCUCUCCCUCUCUUUUCAUCUUCACACAGCAUAGCCUGUGUUUUAGGAGAGCAGCAGGACCACCACAAUCUGCCCUUAGAACCACCAGUGGAUUCCAUUCCCGUGAUCUUGCCUUCGAGGGACUCCCAGUUUGCCUCCGUCCCCGUCCGCCUCGCCCUGCGUCCCCCCUGGAGGAACGAUGUGCGACGCGGGGCCGAGAAGGGCAUCCAGGCAGUGGGCGAUACCCCGCUGGCUGUCCCUGUGCCUGCUGCUGUGCCUGCUGGGGGUCUCCGGGGCCAGAAGGGCUCCCAAGGUGCCCCGCUGCCCUGCCACAUGUUCCUGCACCAAGGACAGCGCCUUCUGUGUGGACACCAAGGCCAUCCCCAAGAGUUUCCCCCCAGGCAUCAUUUCUCUGACGAUGGUGAAUGCUGCCUUCACUGAAAUCCCGGAGGGAGCCUUUUCGCACCUGCACCUCCUGCAGUUUCUUUUGCUCAAUUCCAACAUGUUCACUGUAAUCGCAGAUGAUGCCUUCGCUGGGCUCUCCCACUUGCAGUACCUGUUCAUAGAAAACAAUGACAUCCAGGCCCUGUCCAAGUACACUUUCCGAGGGCUGAAAUCCCUGGCUCAUCUGUCUCUGUCCAAUAACAACCUCCAGACGCUUCCUCGGGACCUCUUCAAACAUCUGGACAUCCUGACGGACCUGGACCUGCGAGGCAACUCCUUCCGCUGCGAUUGUAAGAUCAAGUGGUUGGUGGACUGGAUGGAGAAGACCAAUACUUCGGUGCCUGCCAUUUACUGCGCCAGCCCCUUUGAAUUCCAGGGGCGGCGUAUCCACGACCUCACCCCAAGGGACUUCAACUGCAUCAGCGCAGACUUCGCCGUGUACGAGACUUUCCCUUUCCAGUCCGUGUCUGUGGAAUCCUAUGAGUUCAAGGGGGACCGGUUUGCAGUGUUUGCUCAGCCAGACACAGGAAUGUGUACCUUGUACAUGUGGGACCAUGUGGAGAUGGUCUUCAGGAAGUACCACAACAUCACUUCGCGCUCCGCAGUCUACUGCAAGCCUGUGGUGAUCAACAACACUCUGUACAUGGUGGUGGCUCAGCUCUUUGGAGGAUCCCACAUCUAUAAAUGGGAAGAAGAUCCUCAGCGUUUUGUGAAGAUCCAGGACAUCGACACGACCCGUGUUCGAAAGCCAAACUUUGUGGAGACCUUCCAGCUGGACGGGGACUGGUACUUUGCAGUGGCUGACAGCUCCAAGGCUGGCACAACCAGUCUGUACCGCUGGAACAGCAAUGGCUUCUACUCCCAUCAGUCCCUGCAUCCCUGGCACCGAGACACCCACGUAGAGUUCCUGGAGGUGGACGGCAAGCCUCGUCUCAUCCUCUCCAGUGCCUCUCAGCCUCCUGUGGUGUACCAGUGGAACCGCAACCAGCGCCAGUUUGCCUUCCACUCACAGAUCUCCAGCACAGCAGACGUGCAAAUGGUCAAGCACUUCUGGGUGCGCAAGGCUCUCUAUCUUUGCCUCACGCGCUUCAUUGGCGACUCCAAGAUCCUGCGCUGGGAGGGACAGCGCUUUGUGGAGGUGCAGACCCUGCCCUCGCGCGGAUCCAUGGCUGUGUAUCCCUUCACCGUGGGGCAGCGGCAGUACCUCCUCCUGGGCAGUGACUUCUCCUUCUCUCGGGUGUACCUGUGGGAUGACCUCACCCAGCGCUUCCAGCCUUUCCAGGAGCUUAACCUGCGGGCUCCACGAGCCUUCAGCCUGGUCUCUGUCGAUAACAAAGACAUCCUACUAGCUUCCAGCUUCAAAGGUGACACCUUGGCCUACCAGCAUCUGCUAGUAGACCUGAGCGCUAAGUAGACCAGAACUCGCAGCAGAGAGAACCAGGA